ACAGUUAAUCUGAUUUCCUUCUAAGAAUAACUACCUCCUCCCAGCAGAGUUAUCAUGAAGGUCCUGGCAGUCUUUGCUCUUCUGGGCUUAGCAGCAGCUGAUCAGCGUCCUCCAAGCAACGGCUAUGGCCCUCCACCAAGCAGUGCCUAUGGGCCCCCAAGAAAUGGAUAUGGUGUAGAUCCUGCGAUUGAAGCCCUGGCUGAGAACAUCCCUGGAGGUGGUGUCCCUGGAGAGGACUAUCCUAUCUUAGCUUCUGUCCCUGAUACAGGAUUUGACUGCAAUGCCCAGAAUGUCCCUGGAUAUUACGCUGACACUGACCCCGAAGCUGGCUGCCAGGUCUUCCACAUCUGCCAGGACAGGCCCAGUGGACGCCGUCAGCAGGACUCCUUCCUCUGCCCCAACGGCACCAUCUUCAACCAACAGUACCUCGUCUGUGACUGGUGGUUCAACUUCGACUGCGCUGACGCUGAAGACUUCUACUCAGUCAACGAACUCAUUGGAGUUCAGCCUUAUGGUUAUGGCAAUGGGAAUGGUAACGGCAAUGGCAACAAUGGCUAUGGCUCUAAUGGCAACGGAAACGGUAAUGGAAACAACGGGUACGGUUCCAACGGCAACGGAAAUGGCAAGAAGAACGGAAAUGGAAACGGCAAAAGAAAUGGAAAGAGGAACGGCAAUGGAAAUGGCAACGGUUAUGGCUCUAAUGGAAAUGGGGCCGCUUCUGCCCCAAGCAACGGAUACGGCGCUCCUUCUGCUCCCUCUGAAUCCUAUGGAGCUCCAUUUUAAGACAAAACUCAUCUUCAGAAAUAGUACUCUAUCCCUUAUCUACAAAAAGCAUUUGUUUUAGAGGAUAUACUUUAUUUUCUUGUUGAAAAAUGCUGUAUAGGAUAUAUCUUGUCAGAUAUAUAACAAAUAUUUUUGUACAAUAAACUUUGAAGAGAUAA